AUGGACGCGCCCAGCCAGCCGCCCGCUGGACCUCGAGCCGGCUCCGAAGGCACGGCGGCGGGAUGGGGUUCGAGCCCGGAGACGGAUAUCGAGAAGAAGGAGACGGAUAUCGAGAAGAAGGAGACCGCGGCGUACGUGGAGAUCCGCGGGUCGCCGCGGGGGCCGGAGGAGAGCGACAAGCCCCCCGAGCUGGCCCCGGCCGAAGGCGCGGAGAGAUCGUUGAAUCCCGCAUUAGAAAGUGGAGUCGGCGGGACCGGGGAUGGCGACGGCUCGGUGAGCGGCGAGCCGCCGGGCGCGCCCGCAGGACCAGCAUCCUCGGACGGCAGGAAGAAUCGCGCACCUUCCCCGGGCGCGGUGGCUGCGGCGGGAUGCGGCGCUGACUCCGGCUCCGGAGAGGCUGCGGGGAGCGGCGGGCCCCCGGAGGCGGGGGGCUGCCUGGAGUCGUCCUCCUCAUCCUGCCCUUCGCCGGUGACCAAGGCUGGGAUCUUUCCCGCAAUGGGCGACCCUCUGUCGACGGAAGGCAAGACCUCGUCGUCGUCUUUCGGCUACGAAAGUGAGGAGGACGAGCACGGGGGGCGAAAUAUGCCCCCCCCCGCAGCCCCCCCAGGCAUCCCCCCCGGUGGCGGCCGCGACGAGGCGCACUAUAUCAGCACGCAAGAGAUCCAGCUGAGCGAGGUGGACCACGACAUGGACUUCGAUGCGGGGCUGGCCGCCCGCUGGGACUUCGAGGAUAACAACGUGAUCUAUUCCUUCGUGGACUACGCCUCCUUCGGGAGCGACGAGACCCCGGGGGACACGCCGACGGAGGAGGAGAAUAGCUGCUACCUCAGCACGACCACCAGCGACCCCAACAACCAGACGGACAGCAUCGACAAUACCAGCAGCACCGAGAUCGUUAGCCUUACAUCCGAACACGACACCCCCGGCGGGGACAAGCACGCCAGCUCGGGAGAAAGCCGGUCCAAGCAGCUCGGCCGCCCCGGCGGGAGCCCGGCCGCCCAGCUUCUCCUAUCAAUCAAAGCCGCUUCCCGGGCUAUAAAUGAGUCUAGCAACGUGCGCGGAAAGCAAAACACUAUUUACGCUGCCAAGCAUGAAGGCGACAUGAGCGUCCGUGUCCCCGCAGCUCCUGAAAGCAGUGCGAAUGUAAAAUCGGACGCGGUCCGCGACCACGCGAAGAAGUUCAUCGCGGUGCCGGCUCGGCUGCAGACGCGGUGUGGGGCGGGCCGCGCUGGGGAGCACUCGAGCGGCGCCUCCAGCGCCGUCAGCGAGCUGGACGAUGCCGACAAAGAAGUGCGAAACCUGACGGCCAGGGCGUUCCGUAGCCUGGCGUACCCCUACUUCGACACCCUGCGCUCCAGCUCCCGCGCCUCCACCGCCUCUCUGUCUGACAAUGCUCUGGGCAUCAACCGCUGGUCUACCUACCUGGACCUCAAGUGCGGCAGCCUGGGGCCGAGAGCCGAGCCCAGCCUGCUGCGCUCCGGCCGCUCGCAGACCAAAGCCCUCGAGUUCGUGGUCAGCAAGAUCGACGGGGAGAUCGCCCACGUCGAAGCACCGCGGCGGCUGCGGGCGGGCUCCCGGGUGGUGACCCUGCUGGAUUUCGGUGAUGCCCGCAGGGCCGGGCCGCCCCGCCAGGCGGGCGGGGGAGAGCCGCCGGCGGCGGAGGGCGGCGGCGGGCCCAGCAAGAAGUCCAAGUUCGCCUCCAGCCUUCUCAAAAACAUCAUCUCCAAGAAGAUGCAGCUGGAGCACGAGUUCAAGAUGGAGCGGGGCGAGAUCACCGACACAUCCUUCACGGGGCUGGUAGCCGGCCGGGAGCCGGAGCCCACCGGCGGCGUCCGGGAGCGGCAGCGGGAGGGCGGGGAGCAGCAGCAGAGCUCCCGGCACUCGGAGGGCGGCUCGGACUGCGUCGCGGCGACAGCGGACGAAGCGGGCGAGGGCGGCGGCGGCGGCCGGUCGCCGCCCUCUAAGACGUCCCCUCCUCGGGAGGGGAGCCGUAGCCUGGAGCGGGCGGUGUCUGAGGAGCUGUGCGAGGUGAAGCGCAGCGCCUCUGAGGCUAUCAAGGCCACCUUCCUCCGCAGCCAGAACAGCGCCUUCAGGUCCUGGAAGGAGAGGGAAGCGGAGAGGAAGGAGGAGCGGGCGCCCGUCGGCAAGCUGAAGCUGUCUUCCAGGCACGACUGGCGGGCCGACUUGGGUGAGAUCUCCGCUGGCAAGUCUACCAAGAUGUCCCGCCUGUUCGUUCCCACCAUUCAACACACGCCCCGGGAGAAGGAACACAGCAAGAGGGCGACUAAAUGCACCGCCGCCGCCGCCACCUCCUCCUCUUCCUCGCCCCCCGCUGCCAAGCCCAAAGUCCCUGAGAUCAAGAUCAGUCUGGGGAGCCUCCAGCAGCCCCAGGACACUGCCUUCAGCAUCGCCCAGCUACUGACGCCGCAGAUCGCGGGCCGGCCGCCGGAGGAGAGCAAGGGCCAGCAUCUCAAGCUGCCCAAGGCCGGCGACGGGUCCGACAAAGUACCGCAGUUCCUGGUGCGCGACGUGAGGGACAGCAAACACAGAGCCCAGGGGCAGCUCCACCAGGUACGGGACGUGCGGAAGCUCAUCAAAAGUUCCUACAACUACGACUCGGGGGAUAACAGCAGCGAUAAAGGCAGCGGUGCCUCCGACCAGGGCGUCUCAGAGCAGAAACCCCGGCAGCAGCUGGUCAUCGCCGGUGUCCCUAGGUCCCUCUCCCCCGUGGUCAUCACCUGCCAGGCAGUCGGCCACGCCAACACUAAGGCCACCGAGGCAGAGGCCAAGACGUCAGGCAGAGUGCCGGCCUGCCCCUCUGAGGGCACCGUCCUGGUGCACCGCACCUCAGGGAGACUGCCAGUGGCCACCAUCGCCCCCAACAAGAGUGACCCGCGCCAGCCAGCCGUGCUGAAGAUCGUCUCCAAGUCCGCUGCGCCCUGGCGGCACCAGCCACCUCCCGUCGAGCGGAGCCGGGGACCGGAGGAGGACCCGCGGGAGGAGAGCAAGGCAGCGGCGCCGGUGCAGAACGCACUGGAGAAGCUGACAGCGGCGGUGCGGAGCAUGGAGGAGCUAUACAGCUUCAACAAGCGCGAGUGGAAACGCAAGAGCGACCCGCUGCCCAUCACCGACAGCCACGUCCUCUCCCUCAUCACCAGCCAGGAGCGGGGCCCCGGGCCUCGGCCGACCCCUUCUGCCUCCGCCACCGUUCCUCCUCCGCCGCCACCGGCGGAUAAGGCAGAGGAGCCGUCGGGAAAGGGGGCGGGCAGCGAGCGGCUAUCCCGCCGCCUGUCCAAUAACGCCACUGACAAAGUCUCGGCCAAGGCGGCCGCCUUCGAGAACUUGGUCCGGCAGCGGACACGCGGCCCGCCGCCCCCCCGCACCGAGCCCUCCGCCGCCCCCCGCGCCCUCCUUACCCUCCGCGGAGCAGGGGGAGCCGGAGCCGGGGCCCCCGCGCCGGUCAAGCUCCCCCCUGAAGGCAGUCUGCGAAGCCAGGCAGCGCCUCGUUCCCCGCGGCUAUCUGCGGGCAGCGGCGAUGCGGAGCGCGGCCCGGACUGCGGAAACUACUUAGCCCUGCCGCUGAAGGCGGCCGCCGAGCCCGGCUCCCCCGCCUCUCCAGUACAAGCGUCGGGGGCGGGUGGAGCCGUCCGCCCCAGCCCGGUAUCGGCGACAGCGGCGGCGGCGGCGCUGUGUAGCCUUCAGCCCUUCAGCACCGCCAAGGGCUCCGGCAGUCCCGGACACCCGCCCGCCGAGGAGCCCCCUGCAGCAGCCCCGCAGCCCGCCGAGGGUACCCCCGCUGCCCUCUAUCGCCCGCCGCUGCCGUUUGCCACCCUGCCUGGCGCCGCGCCGCCGCCACUACUCUGUUUCUCGUCCUCCGUGCCCUCCACGGCCACAACGGCCGAGCCCUUCCCGCAGACGCAGCGCAAGGUGCUGCUGGACGUGAGCACUGGGCAGUACUACCUGGUGGACACGCCAGUGCAGCAGCCCCUCAAGCGGCGCCUCUUCGACCCCGAGACCGGGCAAUACGUGGAGGUGCCAGUGCCCCAGCAGACAGCUGUUGCUCCCGUCCCACUGCCCCUCUCACCCCUGGCCCUCAAUGCUGGGGCCUAUGGUGCCACGUACAUGCUCUACCCAGGCCUUCUGCCCGCUGCUGCCAUGCUGCCUGCCAGCGCCUUGCCACGCCCACUGUCUCACCCGGGCAGCGAUGCCAGCGCCCCAGCCGAGCCUGGCAGUCCAGCAGUGGCAGAGGCAGCUUUCCCCGAGAGCCCUUACUAUGUGGCUACUGGCAAGUGCCCACCACCAGCAGGACGCACAGCAACGGAGACGAAGCCAGUCAUCAGCAUCACUGCGCCAGCCACCGGCCCGCGGAUCGUUGCGCCGCCCUCCUUUGAUGGCACGACCAUGCGCUUCGUGGUGGAGCACAGGUGA